AUUUGUUUGGCAUUGAUAAAGGAGUUUGUGUAGGUACAUCACACCACAUUGUUUCAGCAGUAGUUUUUUGCAAAAUCUCAUGGCACAGUUUUCAAGGAAUUGUGAUGUGGAGAGAGCAAAAUCAAGGGUGUGUCUAUGAUAUUUUGUUUCUUUUUCUCUUUCUUUUAUCCAUUUGUAUGUGAAUUUCUGUAAGGACGUCAGAGACAAAAGCAGCAAUGAAAGCAGAGGCAGAACCCAACAGAAGAGUAGUCAUAUAACUUCAGACUGCAACUGAGAGAAAGAGAAAGAGAAAGAGAAAGAGAGAAGGUAUCAGUAAGCCAUCAUUUGACAGAAACAAGCUUUCACAACCUAUGGACUUUGCAGAAAUACCCAUAAAAAACUAGCAUCCCCCCAAGAACAACAUACCCUCCUCUCUGUCUUUCAAGCCUUUCGAACUUGGUCCUUUUUAAAGAUUUUUCUCAUCUCUCUCUCUCUCUCUCUCUCUCUCUCUCUUUCUUUAUAUAUAUUUUUCCUAUUUUUUUGUUCUACUUUCAAGAAUAAUGAAUUCAAGUCCAAAGACCUGCACCUCUCCAUUCACAGCAACUCAAUGGCAAGAACUUGAACACCAAGCUCUGAUCUUCAAACACAUGGUUUCAGGAGUACCAAUCCCUCCUGAUCUAAUCUUCUCUGUCAAAAGAAGCUUGGAUUCCUCCAUUUCUGCAAGACUCUUCCCUCACCAACCCAUUGGAUGGGGUUGUUUUGAGAUGGGUUUUGGUCGGAAAACAGACCCAGAGCCAGGAAGAUGCAGAAGAACCGAUGGAAAAAAAUGGAGAUGUUCAAAAGAAGCUUAUCCAGACUCCAAAUACUGUGAGAGGCACAUGCAUAGAGGCAGAAAUCGUUCAAGAAAGCCUGUGGAAAUCUCUUCAACACCACCAAUUCAAACCCCAACUCCUUUAAUCCUCACUUCAACCAGAACCCUCUCUUCUUCUUCUUCCACUCCAACCUCCUCUUCCUAUCCUCUCUCUACACUUUCUUCUUCUUCUUCUUCACUGACUUCUGAAACUCAAUCCUAUCACCAACCACCUCCUCCUGCUUAUCACGAAUCCUCCAUUCAUCCAUUUCUGUAUUCUCAAUCAUCCUCCAGAACUCCAUGCUCUGAUUUCUCUUCGAACAUCACAAACCCUCAACUCUUCUUGUACUCAGGGACUCAUUCUCAAUCUGAUAAAGACUACAGGGAUAUUAGUGGUUCAAGAGAGGGUGUGGGAAUGCAGGCGUUCUUUCCCUCAGUUGCUGAUUCUGCUAGAAGCAUUGCUGAGGUUUAUAGUCAGCCAAUAGGGAUGGAUUCUUACAAAGGAUGCUCACAAUAUGUCUCUCAAAACCAUCAAAUUUACAGUUCUAAACAGGCAAGGCAACAGCAAGAACAACACUGCUUUGUUUUGGGUACAGACUUCAAUAAAUCAUCAAGAUCAGCUAAAACAGAGGAAGAAGAUGAAGAUGCAGAAACCCAGAAGCCUCUACUCCACUUCUUUGAGGAUUGCCCACCUAAAAGCUCAGAUUCCUGGCUUGAUUUAGCCUCAAAUUCAAGUAUACAAAGUGGAAAUUUUAUUGGGUUAUGAAUACUAUUCCUGCUCUGCUUACUUCUUGAGCUGUAAUCUGACACUUCUCACUUCACCUCUCUUUUUUCUCUCUCUGUUUCUGUGCAGAUGGUUAAAGUUUCAAUAAUGGAGUUUUGGGUUAUGGCCAAAAGAGUACUUGUCAGUGAGUGAAGUGUCCUCUUUUUUUUUCCUUCUUAGUUUGCGGUCAGGGAAGCUUUUCUUUUGCUAAAGUUUUGAAUGUAAAACUGCAGGAUUCUCAAGAGAGGUUUUCUGUCCUUUGCUUUCUUUUGAUAUUUUCCUUUUUUCCACUUGCUGUCUCUUUCUGUAAGAAACAUGUUUCAAAGUAUGCAGCCUUGCUUAUUUGAUUGGAAGCAUGGAGAGUGCACAAAUAAGCACUCUGACAAUUUUCACCCUAAACAAACAGAAAAUUUGCUAGAUUCUGUCUUCCAA